AUGCGCCCCGACGCGCGGGUCCGCGGGCUCCUUUCUCCGUCGCCGCUCCAGGACGCGGCCGCGGGGGAGCCCCACCGGGACAGAGCGGCGGGGCCUGCGACUUCCCCUGGAGCUGGCCUGAGGGAUUCUCCUGUCCAUGGCUGCCACCAAAACUUCGAGUUAUGAUGAACAUUUCAGGCCAGAAAAGUUAAGAGAAUGGCCGGAGCCCGAGUCCGUUUCUUUAAUGGAGGUAUUAGCUAGAGAAGACAUUGAUGAAGCAGUACGUGCAAUAUUAUUUAGAGAAAAUUCUGUUGUGAAGGUUACAGUCCCACCAUUUGUUGAUCCUCUGUUUCAAAGACAGCAAGAGGUGGAUGAAGAGAAGAGAACUGGUCUUCAAUGUGAGACAGGAAAACGACAUUCCAUAAAGGAACUUAAAGAAAUAGAGAAGGCCAGGCUGCAUGCCAGCUCGCCCUACUUCACUUUCACUUCACACCGUGUGAUUCCAAAAGAGUGGCAUAAAGCCUCUGCAAGAGCCAGGAGUAAAACUUACAAACACAGUCCUGAAAAGUUCAUCUGUGCAGACAAGAAACAGAAAAUAAAAGAGAAAAAGACGACCGACCUAAGUCAGGCUGCAUUUGAAAGGCAGUUCCUUUCCUCAAAGCUCAGCCGGAAGAACAAGGUGGGUGAAAGGAAGGGUCUGGUGAGCAGAGGCAUGGGGCAGGGCUGGCAUGCAGAGCUUUGCAGCCCCCGUGAGCAGCACAUACUGGUCCCAGAAUAAGCCACCGCCACAGCCCUCCCUGUCAGACAGGCACCCAAGGGCGGAGGAGGCAUGGCCCAAGAAGAAAGGAGUGAAGAGGAGGGAGAAAUGGCGGGUGGCCUCAGACUCAGCACUGCAUCUCUGACAGGGCCCCUCGGGCAGGGAAGCCUUGCAUGAAGAAACUCAGACAAGUGGUAAAUGUGGGACCUGGACCCCACUUUCCAGAGACAGAUCCUGUCCUUCCGAGGUGAGGGCCAACCUGGCCACAGGGGCUUUUCCCCCUGAGAUUUCUUCAGCGCCUUUGCCUGGGCCUUUGCCCUUCUGCCACUUUCCUGCCAUUUUCCACUUACUCCAUCCAAACUGCACCAAAAAUGGUGUUCUCCUUAGUCCACACACAACAGGUGGGAAGUUUUUGAAAUGAAAUUUAUACCAAAAAAUUAGGGCAAGAUGAGAUUUUUUGAUAUUUAAAAGGUAUUUUUAUAUGUAGGAAUUUUCUGAGUACAGAUUUCUUAUCUGGAGCUCAUGGUUCAUUUGACACAGUUUUCAGCUCCUGGUCUAUUUCCCCUUUCAUUCUCUCUGCCACGCCUUGUACCCACGCCUUGUACCCUGAGGCACAGGACCCUCCCAGGGAAGGCCUAGGGGGCUUGGUGGGCCACCGCUCAGCUCAGGACCUGACAGCAUCACUCCCGCCCCUCACCACCACACACACAGGAUGGGGGACUGCUGCUGCUUUCCAGCCUGUGAGCCUGGAUAGGUAUUUUGCGACCCAGCUCCUGCUCAGUCCCAUCGCUGUCCCCGGUCUCUCCAGGGAGUAAGGGAUUCUCCGUCUGCAGUAAGUUACCUGUGACUCUUCAGCAGUUUCCUCUGAGCAUAAUUAUAUCUGAGAGCACAGGGAGCUCCUCAUUCUGUAUAUUUUUCAAAUGUUCAAGAUGUACAACGUGAUGAUUUGCUAUAGGUAUUCAUUGUGAAAUGUUUGCCACAGUCAAGCUUGUUGACAUACCUACCAGCUCACAUUUACUGUUUUCGUGUGUGUAGUGAGAAUACACACAAUCUACUAUCUGAGCAAAUUGCAAGUAUAUGUUAUUAGUAACUGUA